AUCACCAUCACCCUUCUUCCUUCAUGCACACUCACCAUCACCAAUAAUUUUGAGUUGAAAAAAACGAUUUUCAAAAUUUGUCGGUGUUAGAAGUUAAAACAGAGCAAGAAACCUCUCUUGCUGAUUUUCCUUUUUUUGUUUCUCUAGAAUUCCCACAAACUGUCAGCUUCCCUUUCCAUGGCAUGCAUCUCUCUACUCUUGUUGUAGGCGCAACGUCGGCUCUUUAAUCGUACUACUGGAAACAAAAACCUUUUUAGAUUUGAGUCUUUUUUGUAAUUAGCUCAAGGUGUUUGAUAAAAAGUGAUUUGCACAUCCAAUUCUGUGUAUCCAUCAUAGGACUACUAUUUACCUUUAAUUUCUUGCUAUCCGUAUCAUUUUUCGUGCUAAUCUGCAUUUUGCUGAAAAAUUUGCGAUUUGUGCUUACUUUUAAGGUCUAGUUCCAAUGAAUUAUGCAUAUCCUCAUUUUCAAUUUUGCUAAAAUAAAGAUGUGUUUUUUUUUAUUAUUACAGUAGAGUAGUAGUAGUGUUGUGGUGUUAAAGUAUGGAGAAGGAGGGAGAGAGGGAGAAAACAAAUGCUAAUUCACCAGACACAGUUCUUGAGGAUUUCUUGAGAUGUGCAGAAUCUCAAACUGAUUCCUCGAGAGCAAGCACCUCGGAAUCCCUUGUCGAGAUCGAUCCUAAGCCAGCCUCCCGACUGCCCCGAUUCCUCCAGUUGUUUGGAUUCAAAUCCAAACGGCCCUUCAAUGCUCUUACAUUUUCGAAAUUAUUUAGCAGUAGCAGCAGCUUGAGGGAGCAAGUUAGUAGCGAGCCAAACGCCUUUCUUCAUCCCUAUUUUAAGCCUCAAUGGAAGAGCUUUAGCUUGUUAGAACUCCAGACUGCGACCAGCAACUUUUGUCAAGGUUAUCUGAUCGGAAAGGGCGGUUAUGCUGAGGUGUAUAGAGGGCGUUUGCGUGGGGGGCAGCUCGUUGCCAUCAAACGUUUGACAAAGGGUGGCAUGGAAGAAAGAAUCACGGAUUUUCUCACUGAACUCGGGAUAAUGGGGCAUGUGAAUCAUCCCAAUACUGCUAAAUUGAUCGGUUAUGGCGUUGAAGGUGGAGUCUACCUUGUUCUCGAUUUAUCUCCCCUUGGAAGCUUGGCUUCUAUGCUUCACAAUCCUAGGGAGAAGGUAGAGUGGAGUACUCGUUACAAGGUGGCUUUGGGAACGGCUAAGGGGUUGUUGUACCUCCACGAGGGCUGCCAGAGGCGGAUCAUUCACCUUGAUAUUAAGGCUGCAAACAUAUUGCUUACAGAGGACUUUGAACCUCAGAUAUGCGAUUUUGGGCUUGCGAAGUGGCUGCCAGACCGAUGGACUCAUCUCAACAUUUCAAAAUGUGAAGGCACAUUUGGCUAUCUAGCUCCCGAGUUUCUAAUGCAUGGAAUAGUUGACGAGAAAACUGACGUAUUCGCCUUUGGCGUGCUGCUGUUGGAACUCAUCACCGGGCGUCGAGCCCUUGAUUAUUCACAGCAAAGCCUUGUUAUUUGGGCUAAGCCUCUGCUGAAGAAGAACAAAAUACACGAGCUCGUGGAUCCAUCACUUGCAGAAAACUACAAUGCAAUGCAGAUGAAUCUCAUGAUCCUGGCAGCUUCAUUAUGUGUCCAGCGAUCCUCGAUCAAACGCCCACGCAUGAGCCAGAUUCUGUUGCUUCUGAGAGGGAGCUGUGGUAGCCUAGACUUGAUUAGGAAAUGCAAGAAGCUGUCAAGCUGGAAGAAGUAUUACAAGGAGCUCUUCAGCGCCGAGAACUACAGCUUCUCGAGAGGCCUAACUGCGCGAACACGGUCAGCCAUCGAAGCCGCCUAAACCGGUACACAACAAUUUUGUUCAAAAGGCUGCAUUUUGUGGAUUAGAUAGUCUACACCAAGUUUAUGUGAUUAAUGUGUAAAGAUUUAUAGGAUCAAAUUAGCAAAUAGACUAGUACUAUGAAAUUGCAGCUACAAAGGGAGACAACAAAAGUUUGUAAAUUGUACUGUUGUACAUAUGAUUUUAUUCGUGUUACUAUAUUUUUAUGUUGGAUUUGAAGAUUCAUAA